AUGUUUCAUUGUCGUCGGCAGUUUUCCGAAGUUAGGACACCUAAACUGUUGGCGAAGUUGGUUGAUGUGGUUUCUAGCCCGGGGGGUUCGAACCGGAAUACCCACACUGUAGGCACGGUAGCCGGUUCUAACUCCAGACCUGUUGGUGCAUCUUCGUCCGUCCCUGUGAAUGAACCUCCGGUCGAGCCUGUCGCCUCCCCUUCAUUUGCUGUUUAUCUCAACUGUAGUGGAGGCGGUGAGGUUGGAAUAGGGGAGACUGUGCCGAACUCUUUACAGUGUGCUGCACCGGCUGGUCUAGGCGAUGCAUUGCUGGAUGAUGCAAACGAUGAUGAUGUGGAGCCGGAUAUCAUUGCUGAUGACAGUGGCGAUGAUAUUCGAGGGAGUGAGCCAGCUGGGGCAGGAGGUGGUUCUAGUUUUGGCACACAGCAAUACCCUCCGCACUUCUCAUCUUUGGACCUGGAUGCCAUGAGACAGGAGGGGGCUCUUGGGGAGCCUGCUGGAUUUGGUGCUAGAGAUGCCGAGGGGUCUGCAGGUCUGACAGAGUUUCAGGUUGGUCAGCGGUUUCAAGAUAAAGAUGAGGCUGUGUUAAGUGUGAAGACGUAUAGCAUCCGACGUGGGGUACAAUACAAGGUGGUGGAGUCUAACUAUCGCCGGUACAACGGACCACAUACGUGUCUCGCGACGUCCAUCUCUAGUGACCACAGGAGUCUGGACUAUCAUGUGAUAUCGGCAUUCAUCAUGCCAAUGGUUAGAGCCGAUGCAUCCGUCAGCAUCAAGGCUCUCCUGAAUGCAACGGCGGCACACUUUGGAUCCAGGCCAACCUAUAGGAGGGUUUGGUUGGCAAAACAGAAGGUCGUUGCCCACAUCUAUGGUGAUUGGGAUGAGUCGUACAAUGAGCUACCGCGGUGGGUGUUAGGAGUUCAGUUAACGAUGCCUGGUACUGCUGCAGUUCUUAGGACGAGUCCAGUUGCAGUUCUUGCAACACUGAGAUUGGAAUGCGAUAUAAAAACUUAUUAA